CGAGAUUUGGUUUGUUGUGUUAUGGCGGCGAAGUCGAAGUGACAGUCAAUCCGUAAGAAGAUUUUGCGAUAAAUCUACAUAAGUUGUGAUCUGAAUACUUCUCGUUUAUUGAGCCCAUCCAGACAACCAAGCCAGCAUUUCAAGAUGACUCAAGAAACUGACGAUGCCAUGCCCUGUAUCGACCUCAUGAACUUUGAGGACCCACAAUUUGAAGAAGGCAAAUAUGUUUUGACCAGCCCUCGGUCACUAGAAGCGUGUUCUAGACUCGGAGUGAAGCCUGUAGAUUUGCUGUACAAACCCCUUGCAGAGUUCCAGGAAGAAUUAUUGCCCCAAGACGUCCCUUUAAGGACAAUCUACAACAUUUAUGAUGAGCAUGAGCAUAAUAGAGAAAGAAAACUGGCUCUUUGUCGAGAGGAAAGGAUCAGAAUAAUGGAAGGAGAAAAGGGCACAACUUCUGGGAAACCAACGGUGACUAAGUCCAAGAAAACACCAUCUGCGGUCCCCAAAACUCAGACCCGUAGGUCGAAAUUGGCAUCUAAAAGAUCUCAAUCUGCUGAGAACCUGGGAAGUGGUAGUCUUCAGAGGCAGAGAACCGCAUGGGCCACAUCUGUGGGCCAUGAUCGCAUUACCAAUGACGAGAUCAAUCAGCGGGUGAAAGACCUACACAACGAGAGCAUGAAGUUACGAUCAGAACUCUUGUCAAGGAAGGAGGCCAGGGCUACAAGUAAAAGGUCCAACAAAAAGACCCGCCCAGCCACUGCGCGGACAUCAACCAGGAAAAAAACAAACAUCUCACGUAGCUACAGCGCAUCAGACCUGAGUCUUGCAGGGACCUCAAUGCUCAGUCGAAGCGGCACUGCGGAUGCGAGGCCAAUCACGAGCUCGCGAUUGAAGAAGGUGUUGAAAAACGAGGCAAAGAACGCCCCCAUUACACCAACGGAUGAGAAGAUUCUGGAGCUGAUGUACAUGAAGGGGGAAGGAGAGAAGAUAGAGGCGAGGGAGAGGCAGCUGCGGGAGAUACAGUGGGAGCGGCAGAAACAGGAGGCUGAGGCGAUACGACUGGCGGGCGAGAUGAGGCGCAGACGUAUGCUGGCCGAGGAGAACCGAAUCCAGAAGUUGAAGAAGUGUGAAGCAGAACUGCAGCAUAAAGCUGAAGAACAGAGGCUGCAGGAGAAGCAGGAGCAGCUUCUCAACGAGACCAGUCGACGAUGGAGGACUCGCUACCUGACCGUACAGAAAACACAAGCGUUGAAAAGUAUCGAGAAAGUCGAAAAGGAGCAGCUCAAGAAGAGAAUUCAAGAAAACAAUGUGAGGGCAUUAGAGGCAGAAGAGGAGGAAAUGAAGGAACUCGUUCGACAAAAACAGGGCCGACAGAUUCUGACGGCCGCUCAAAAAAAAGAGGCUAAACUUCUAGAGGAAUCUAUGCGUGUGAUGAUGAAUAACAGAAGUGAACGACGAAACUUUGAAGACCGGUGGAAUAGUUUAUUGAAAGACACGCAGGAGAGUAUUGACCUCUUGCUGGAAUCUAUGAAUGCCAAAGACCAGAAGCAUAAAUCCAAGUAUGAGCAGUUACAACAGAGGCGUGAGAAUGAAAUCACCUUGAACAGACUGGAUCGAGAGAAGCGCGCCCUACAGGCAAAGCUCUCACAGCAGCAACACGAGAACGAGAUGGAAGAGUGGAGGGACAACAUCAUGUCCUCACGAGAAAUUGCUGAGCGUCAUGCGACUGAGACCCUGGCAGAGACUAUUGAGAGGAAGGCUCGUAAAGCACACGAGGAGAGAGUCAGGAAAGAGAAGGAGCAACAGAAAAACAUUAAAAAAAUCCACCAGGAAAUCUCACAAUGGAAGAAAAGUCAAGAGUCUCUAAUACAGCUGAAGGACAAAAAAUCAGAUCUUAUACAACAGGAGAAAGAGCUUACUAUUCAGCAGUCAAGGCAUGUCGCGGCAUCAGGACAGAAGCUAAGAGACUCACUUAGAAACAAGCUGGGAGGUGAAACUUUCGACAAGAUGGCCAUAAAGGCGGAAAUGUACAACAAGUUUGAAAUGGGGAACACUUUCUUCUCUGCAGAGAAAAACACCUCGCAUGUAAAGCUGCAUUAAUACUAGCUAAAAUAUAAAAUUAGCUUUGUAAAACUCUAGUAAAGAAACGAUGACAUUAUUUGCUCUUCAGAGAAAAAAACAGCUGGGAUGUAAAUUGCAUUAUUUCAAGGGAAAUUCUGAAAUAAGUCAAAUGAAAUUAAAUACAGCUUUUUUUCCUUCAGAGAAAAACAGCUCGCAUGAAAAUUUAUUUUUGCUCUAGAGAAAUUCUGAAAUAAGAAAAAACAAACAUUUCCUUCAGAGUUAAACUGCUUUUAAUAGAUCAAAAUUAAUUCUAGAAAAAUGUUGAAUUUCGCUAUAAGAUUUAUUUAUUGUCUCAUAUGUUUUUCAUCAUACAAAAAUAACUGUUUAUAAGCACUUAUUAUAGAAAUUUCUUUAUUAAGAUAAUUCAGUAAAAAGUUACUUUCUUUGCCCUGGUGAAAAUGAGCUGGCAGUUAUUCUUUCAAAAUUCUUUAAAUAAUUAAAAAAUGAAUGUAUUGUUGUAAUAAAUUAUACAUGAAUUUGAAGUUAUUAAGUGUGGGUGACUGGUGUGGACUGGCUGGUGUAUCAUUUUAUUUUCUUGUUGAAGACAAAGUGCCUUGACCUUAAAAAAACCACACCAGCAGCAGUAGAGGUAUAUACACAUGUAUAUUCUUUUCCAAAAGCUGGUGCUGUUGAAAUGAUGUUCAAGUGAGUGGUUACUACCGCUUGAUUGGUCAUUGUCAGCUCGGAUAUUACUUAAAUGUAUUAAAAUGUAAGGAGAAUGGGAAAAAAAAUUAAAUAAACAUUUUUAAUGCUUUCGGCGCAGAAUGCGUGUACCUGGGGUACAUUUAAUUAGUACCCGAGCCGACAAUGACCAAUCAAGCGUAACUACCACUAUUUGAAUCAAAGGAUGUAUAGUUCUUUAUGUUCCAUGUCAGUCGAAAUGAUUUUCAAAUUAAAUUUUGACAUGGUUGUUUAGUGCCUGGGUACAGAAUUUAGGCGCAUGCAUUGAAAUGACUUAAGUAUGUGUUUAAAAAUUAAAGUAACAUUACUACUCAAAAUCAACGAAAAUUGCGCACAAUUUUUCGUAAAAUAAACUUAACCAUUUAAAAAUCAUUGUUCCUUAUGGCAAUUGCUGAAAUUUCAAUGCCAGAUGUGGUAUGGUAAAAUAGAUGUUUGUAGAUACAAAAUGCUCGUUUUUAUCAUUUUUUUGCAUAUUUAAUUCCAUUCUAAUUUUCCGCAACAAUAUCUAUUCAUAUGACACAUGAACACAAACAUGGUGUUUGUGUGUCGUAUGAAUAUAUAUAGUCAGGGAAUAAAAAAAUGUAAUUAAUUGUGUCACAAAUAAAAAACGAGCGUUUUGUAUCUUCAAAAAUCUAUGUAAUCAUACAACAUCUAGCUUUGAAAUUGUGGCUAUUGCUAUAAGGAACACUAAUUGUUUAGGUGUUAACUUUAUUUUACGAAAUACUUUACAAAAUUUUUGUUGAUUUUGAGCGUUAUAGAGGCUUUAAGCACAUGUUGUUUAUUUUACUUUUGAAAGUUUUAAACUUAUGCUGUUCUUUUAGCUACAAUUAGUCAAGUAGUAUUUACCUUUAAUGACACUGUGAUAUUUAAACAUAUACAUGUAGAUUUGAGUUUUAUAUAUUUUAUUACGGUUUUAUUGUUAUUUUAUUGCUCUUUAUUUGUAUUUUUUAGUUUGUCUGCAAGAUUUCUAGUUCAGUUUUUUGAAGUUUAUAUUGUUAAAAUUUACUUGCAUGUUUUAUUGACUCAUUAUAAUGUGGUAGCUUUAUCAGAGUACAAAACAUAUGUGGUACUGGUAGUUAUUGAGAUUUGGGAGUAUAGCAUUUACAUGCCUUCAUAUUCAUUUUAAGUCCCUUAGAUGUUUCUCUGUAAUAUAUACUACAAAGGGCUGGAUUUCUAGACCUUUAUUGGGGGGUGGGGGGGUGGGGGUGGAUGCGAUUCUCAAGUGAAAUGUUAGAGUGAGUGAAAACAAAGAUGUAAAUGCUGUAAGAUGUUCUGUUUAAAGGGACCUUUUCACGUUUUGAUGACAAUAAAAUGACAAAUUUGAAAAAAAAAUGUUGCGGAUUUGCAUAUUUCGUUGAAGUUAUGUUUUUUGCAAGGAAACAGUAAUACUGGACACUUACUUUGCUCUUAAAUACAUGUAUCCAUUAUAUGCAUCUUUUGAUGAUAUAAAAACCUGAAAAUUAUGAAGCAAUACAAACGCAAAUCGAUUUUAUAAUUUGAAAAGUUCUGUUGUUAUUGUUAUAUUGUGUGAUAUUGCGAGGAUUGCUUAUAUAAAGCAUAAAAUACACGUAUUAUUAUGUCAGCACGGAUGAUUGGGUGGUUAUAGCGUUUGACUUUUACUCCAAUGAUCAGUGGUUUCAGCCCAAAUGUGGAUUACUUUUUUUUCUUGAUUUAAUUUUAUUUUUGUUUUAUACUGAACCUCUUUAGUUCCGAUGUUUACAUUUAUCUAUUUAAAGAAUUUAAUGACAAACUACCAAAUAUGCUAAAAUUUGUGAAAAGGUCCCUUUAAACUAGCUGAGUGCGAUUCAAGUCUCAUCGGACACAUUUGCUGUAAUUGUUCAAUUCUAAACAGUUUGAGACAAAGUUGAACAUAGGAGACUUAUGUUAAUGUUGAUUUGCUCAUAACUUAAAUGACCACAUUAGCUAAUUUAUUGGAAAGUUCUGUUAAUUUGAAAUAUGCUGUGCGCCUUAAAGGGGGUCACUGGUUCGAGCCCUGGUACCGGCUACUUUUUUUUCCUUGUUUUAAUUUUAUUCUUGAUUUUUUACUUGAGCUUUUAAGAACAAAUGUUUACAUUUAUCAAUAUAAAGCAUUUAAUGACAAACUUCAAAAUAUGCCAAAAACUGUGAAAAGGCCCUUUUAAAUGUGCCUUUUUUUGUGUCUUGUGUACACUGUAUCAAACAUUUCAAAAUCACAAAAAAUCUACAUAAUCAUGUGAGACAUAUUUUUAAAUAUUGAUACAUUUACGUUUUACCGUUCAUAAUGAAAAAAUCUGUAAUUUUUUGGUGUAAAUGGUACAUAAUAAACCCGAAAAUAAUUGACUUUUUCAGUGAAAUUUCUACAGAGAUAUAUUUGCUGCUUAGCGUGACAUUCUCAUAUAAUUAGUGUGAUUAUUCUUUUUCAUUGACUUUUUCAAGACCUGGUGUUCUUUUAAAGGAAAAAGAUGUCAUUUCGUUGAUCUUCAUACAACUGUAUCAUUACCAUUGAGUAGACAUUCCGUAAGCAUUUAUGCCAACAUUCCAGCAUUUUAGUAUGUAAUUUUAGAUACCGGUAUUGCUAAAUGUGCUAUGAAUUGAUGUUCACAUUUGUCAUUGUAUUGUAAAUAUAAUUAUUAUGUCUAGGUCACGAAAUAUUAUUUAUUGAGAAUAAACUAUUUUUACAUGUU